AUGGUCACCCUCCGGGAGCUGGCCGACCUGGCAAUCGGCACUCCGGAGGUGGGGGCAGUGAACUUCACGGCCCUGCACACACUGAUAGUGGCCAUGCUCAAGAACCUCAACCUCCAAGACGUCCUUACCGACUUCCGCUACCCGUCUGAGCCUCGCCCCUCAGUGGACGAGGUGAGAAGCUCCUACAGCUCCCCGGUUUUGUCAGCCGCCAAAGAGAAGCGCCGGAGUGUGGCCAAGACACCGCAACAGACCCUGGAAACCCAGGUGAAGGACCUGAGCAGCCAGGUACAGGACCUCAGCAAGAAGAUGAAGAAUAUAGAAAACAAAAUGCAGGGUAUCGAGGUACACAUGGACCAAAUGGCUGCAGCCCCCGAGGUCUUCCAGGAAUUCUCCAAGCCGGAGGAUGUGGCGGCGGCGGCGGCUCCGCAGGCCCGACAGCCGGUCUCCAAGGCCCCCCCAAUAAAGAUCACCAAACCGGAAGCCGAAGAGCUCAAGGGGAAAAAGCCUGAGCCCACAGGCCUGAUGCAACCCCGGGUGUCACAACCAAAGGUUAUACCGCCUGUCACCCUAGCCAAGUCCACCAAUGUGAUCCAAGACCUCAUAGACGAAGUGAAAGUCCUGAAAGAAACUCAACAGAAGGCGCGGGAGUACUCUGAGCUGCAUCCCCAGGAAAUCGUUAAUCGCCUGAAUGAGCUGGAGAAGAUAGUCAGAACCCGGGAAGAGUACCUGGAGCAAUUAAGUCGGAGGCUGAAUCUUGCUCCGGGUGAGGAAGAAGUCACCAUGGUCACCUGGGAAGAGCUGGAACAAGCGAUCAGUGAUGGCUUAAGGGCCUCAAGAGGGGUAAAUAAACAGGGAUCCUGGGCAGUGGCUUUGGGUAGGGUUCCAGGGAACAGACUGUGGAUAUUUAAAAUGUUUUUCCAAGAUGACGUGGGCAUGAGUGCAUGUCACCCCCCCUCGGCUUGGGAAGCGCAAUUACUGAGCUCAGAAUCCUUAGGACUACCUGGCAGGCGCAGAACAGCUCCUGACUUCCUUCCAAGUGGAGCAGUUCCCCGGACCUCAACUCCUGGCCCCAGUCUGGAUUUCCCUAUGGCUCCAGAACAGCCCUUUGCCGGUGGGGUAAGACAACCUUAUGAAAGGGUCGCUGCCAGAUAUCAGGGCACUGGUGCUGAACUUCAACCUGCCCGUGAGCCAACCCAGGUGACACCAGAUCAACAGAAGGCUAAGGAGUCUGUGCCUCCCACACGUGGAAAAAAAAGUAAACCUGAACCAACUCAGCAGGAGGGAGCCCCAGCCGUUGACCAGCGUGGCGGAGUGCCCGUUGGUCAGGCUCAGCUUUACCCAAGGCCGGAUCAGCAGCCUGCAUUGCGCUACCCUGGCCCUUAUCCUCAAACUGUGGUGCCCAUCACUACGACUCAGCUUGGUGUAUUACCACCAGAAAUAGAUAGCCAGCAAUUGGCAACCACACCCCAGCUUGCUCCAGCUCCAUUCGGCAUGUAUCAGCAAGCCAUGAAACCUGCAACAGACCAACAGGGCAUGGAACAGGCUGCCAUGUAUGGCCGUGGGCCAGGACCAUGGGCUAUGGAUCAACAAGGCUUGACACCAGCUGGCGUAGAUCAGCGUGGACUUAUGGGUGCAGGCACAGGCCAGCAAGGAGUGAUUCCGCCUGGCAUGGAUCAGCAGGGAUUGAUGAGGCCUGGCAUGGAGGGACGUCAAUAUGGUUUGGCGGCGCCUGGUUUGACGCAAGUUGGUGCAGUUCAAUACGAUUUUGGACAGCCCAUCUUAGAGGCACCUGGUUUCCUACAGCCUGGUAUAGAUCAGGCCAGUGUGGCACAGCCCGGUGCGGUGCCACCCAGCUUGGUGCAGUCCAGUUUGGCGCAGCCUGCUGCAGCGCAGCCCGGUCUGGUGCAGCCCGGUGCGGUGCCCCCCGGUGCGGUGCCGCCCGGUGCUGUGCCACCCGGUGCGGUGCCGCCUGUCUUCAUGCAGCCAGGCGUGAUGCAGCCGGGUGCAGAGCAGCGUAUUUCGAUGCCUGUUCGGGCAGAACAGCAGACCCUGUUGCAGCCGGCUGUCGAUCGGCAGGUGUCAGUGCCCCCUGGGGCAGACCAGCAGACCCGGUUGCAGCCUCAGGCAGGCCAGGAAGGUGCAGCUCAGCCUGGGGCAGGCGGCUGGCGGAUGGUGCAGCCAGGGGCUGAUCAGCAGGGUUCUGCUCAGCGAGGAGCAGAUGAACGUGGUUUGGUACAGCCUGGCACAGAUUGGGGUGGUUUGGUACAGCCUGGCAUGGACCAACGUUUGGUACCUCCUGGUGCAGGCCAGCCUAGCUUGAUUCAACCUGGUGUAUAUCCACCUAGUUUGGCACAACUUGGUGCAGGUCAGCAAGGUUUAGUGCAGCCUGACACAGGUCAGCCUGUUUGGUUUCAACCAAGCACAGAUCAGCAAGGCUGGGUACAGCCUAGGGCAGACAUGCCUGGUUUGGUACAACCUAGUAUAGAGCAACAGGGCCUGGUACAAUUUGGAAUGGAUCAUGGAUUUGUACAACCAGGUGGCAUUCAGCAUGGUGUGGGACAGCCAGGCACGUAUGCAGCUAGGUUGUUACAACGUGAUGCAAUUCAGGAUGGUUUGGUACAACCUGAAAUGGAUCAGCGCGCUUUUGUGCAACCUGCUGCAGAUUGGCGUAUGGAGCAGCCUGGUGUAGAUCAGCUUGCAGUGGCACAGCCAGGCACAACACAGCCUGGCUUGAUGCAACCAGGAGCAGCACAGCCUGGUUUGAAGCAACCAGGUGCAGCUCAGCCUGGCUUGAUGCAACCAGGAGCAGCUCAGCCAGGCUUGGUGCAAGCACGAGCAGCUCAGCCAGGCUUGGUGCAACCAGGAGCAGCUCAGCCAGGCUUGGUGCAACCAGGAGCAGCUCAGCCUGGCUUGGUGCAACCAGGUGCAGCUCAGCCUGGUUUGGUGCAACCAGGAGCAGCUCAGCCAGGCUUGGUGCAACCAGGAGCAGCUCAGCCAGGCUUGGUGCAACCAGGUGCAGCACAGCCUGGCUUGAUGCAAGCAGGAGCAGCUCAGCUUGGCUUGAUGCAACCAGGAGCAGCUCAGCCUGGCUUGAUGCAACCAGGAGCAGCUCAGCCUGGCUUGAUGCAACCAGGAGCAGCUCAGCCUGGCUUGAUGCAACCAGGUGCAGCUCAGCCUGGCUUGAUGCAACCAGGUGCAGCUCAGCCUGGCUUGAUGCAACCAGGUGCAGCUCAGCCUGGCUUGGUGCAACCAGGAGCAGCUCAGCCUGGCUUGGUGCAACCAGGUGCAGCUCAGCCUGGCUUGGUGCAACCAGGAGCAGCUCAGCCUGGCUUGAUGCAACCAGGAGCAGCUCAGCCUGGCUUGAUGCAACCAGGUGCAGCUCAGCCUGGCUUGAUGCAACCAGGUGCAGCUCAGCCUGGCUUGAUGCAACCAGCGCGAGCAGCUCAGCCUGGCUUGAUGCAACCAGGAGCAGCUCAGCCUGGCUUGGUGCAACCAGGUGCAGCUCAGCCAGGCUUGGUGCAACCAGGAGCAGCUCAGCCUGGCUUGAUGCAACCAGGUGCAGCUCAGCCUGGCUUGAUGCAACCAGGAGCAGCUCAGCCUGGCUUGGUGCAACCAGGAGCAGCUCAGCCUGGCUUGGUGCAACCAGGUGCAGCUCAGCCUGGCUUGGUGCAACCAGGAGCAGCUCAGCCUGGCUUGGUGCAACCAGGAGCAGCUCAGCCUGGCUUGGUGCAACCAGGAGCAGCUCAGCCUGGCUUGGUGCAACCAGGUGCAGCUCAGCCUGGCUUGGUGCAACCAGGAGUACCUCAGCCUGGCUUGGUGCAACCAGGUGCAGCUCAGCCUGGCUUGGUGCAACCAGGAGCAGCUCAGCCUGGCUUGAUGCAACCAGGAGCAGCUCAGCCUGGCUUGGUGCAACCAGGUGCAGCUCAGCCUGGCUUAGUGCAACCAGGAGUACCUCAGCCUGGCUUGAUGCAACCAGGAGCAGCUCAGCCUGGCUUGGUGCAACCAGGAGCAGCUCAGCCUGGCUUGAUGCAACCAGGAGCAGCUCAGCCUGGCUUGAUGCAACCAGGAGCAGCUCAGCCUGGCUUGAUGCAACCAGGAGCAGCUCAGCCUGGCUUGAUGCAACCAGGUGCAGCUCAGCCUGGCUUGAUGCAACCAGGAGCAGCUCAGCCUGGCUUGGUGCAACCAGGUGCAGCUCAGCCUGGUUUGGUGCAACCAGGUGCAGCUCAGGCUGGCUUGGUGCAGCCAGGAGCAGCUCAGCCUAGUGCGUUGCAACCAGCUAUAGAUCAGAGUGGCCUGGUGCAACCUGGUGCAUUUCCUAGUGGUUGGAUGCAGCCUGAUGCAUAUUCACCUGGUAUGGUCCAACCUGGUACAGUUCAAUUUGGUUUAAUGCAGCCAAUAGCUGAUCAGUCUGGUAUAGCACAACGUGUUUUGCUCCAACCUGGUAGAGAUCAACGUGGUUUGAUACAACCCGGAAGGGGUCAACUUGAUUGGAUACAACAGGGCAUGGAUCUGCAGGGUUCAGUACAACCCGGUGUGGAUGAAAGUGGCUUAGUCCAACCUGGCAUGGGUCAGCGGGGUUUGGCACAGCCUGGCAUGGAUCAGCGUGGCUUGAUGCAACCUGGCUUGGCACAGCCUGGAGUAGACCAGCGUGGCCUUGUGCAGCCUGGAGCAGUCCAGCCUAGGCUGGUGCAGCCUGGCAUGGACCAGCGUGGCUUAAUGCAGCAGCCUGUGGCAGGAGCUCAGCGUGGCCCACCGCAGCCUGGGGCAGUCCAGCCUAGGCCGGUGCAGCCUCUCACGGAUCAGCGCGGCUUAAUGCAGCAGCCUGCAGCAGGAGCUCAGCCUCUCCUGCUGCAGCCUGGGGCAGUUCAGCCUAGGCUGAUGCAGCCGCUCAUGGAUCAUCGUGACAUAACACAGCAGCCGCGUGGCCCACCGCAGCCUGGGGCAGUCCAGCCUAGGCUGAUGCAGCCUGUCACGGAUCAGCGCGGCUUAAUGCAGCAGCCUGUUGCAGGACUUCAGCGUGCCCCACUGCAGCCUGGAGUAGUUCAGCCCAGGCUGGUGCAGCCUCUCACAGAUCAGCGCGGUUUAAUGCAGCAGCCUGUGGCAGGCGCGCAGCGUGGCCCCAUGCAGCCUGAAGCAGUCCAGCCCAGGCCGGUGCAGUCAGGUACAGCUCAGCUGGGUUUGGUGCAGCCUGAUGUGGAUCGGCGCGGCUCUCCAAUGCCACCUGAGGAAGAUCAGCCUAGUUUGCUACAGCCUGCGACAUCUGGCCUCGGCAUGGAACAGCCUGGGAUCGGUCAGCCUGGCGCAGGCCCUCAAGGUUUGGUUAAGCCUGGCACAGGCCCUCAAGGUUUGGUUAAGCCUGGCACAGGCCCUCAAGGUUUGGUUAGGCCUGGCACAGGCCCUCAAGGUUUGGUUCAGUCUAGGGAAACCAUCCCUGGCCAGGGUCCACUUAGCCCCUAUCCUUCCGGCUUGUUUCAAACUGGUGCAUAUCCACCUAUUGGCAGAGAAUCCCAGAUAGGCUGGCCCUCAGCUGAUCUUCGCUUUCAGCUACCACAGGCUGACUCUCGCCUGAGACUGCCCCAGGCACAGUAUAGCCAAGAACAAAUGAGGUCGGUUAUGUUUCCUGGAGUGGACCUGUAUGGCCAGGCGGUCCGAGGUGGGGUUCCGUAUGGUCAAACACGGUACUACCCUCGCCAAGAACGCCAAGUUGGCAUACCUUGGGAUCUAAGCAGGGAACCUUCCUCAGUGAAAAUCCAACCUGAACCAGCCCCAGAAGGAGAGAGCAGUGACACCGGAAUUCCCUUGAGCCAUGAAGAGCGUGAGCAAGGUGAACAACGUGAAGAACGACUCCCGUCAGGAAGUGAGAGGCAGGACUCGCUGGAAAAACUGUCUCCAACCUUCCCCACGGCAGUGGAGACUUUCCGCCUGAUGGGUGAGAUCAUUGCUAUUUAUCUGGAACUGAAGGAACACAUGAAGGAUCUGGACGAGGAACUGGCUGGCCAGACCGAUUUUGAGAAAUUGCAGUACCUGCUGACAACAAUGAUCAAGAAGAACUUGCCACAGGACCUGUCGGAGCAGCUGAAGCACGUGAAGGCCCUGAAUAAAGAAGUUCGGCAGGACAAGGCAAAGCUGGAGAAGAUACAGAGGCUUCUGGACAUGGAGGAGAGCACCGCUGUGGAGAAGGACACGAAAUCCAACCAGCUGAGCUUGCAGCUGGGCAUCCUUAGAAUCACGGUGAGUGACAUCGAGAAAGAGCUGUUGGAGCUGAGAGAGAGCCAGGAGCGAGGCAAGGCCGCCAUGGAGAAUUCAGUGUCGGAGGCCUCUCUUUACCUGCAGGAGCAGUUGGACAAGCUCAGAACCAUCAUCGAGAGCAUGCUGAGCUCCUCCUCCACGCUGCUAUCCAUGAGCAUAAGCUCACACAAGUUCCCAGCCAGCAUGGUGCCCGGCCAGCUUGAUCCCGAGGCCACCUGUCCAGCCUGCAGUCUGGAUGUGGGCCAUCAAGUCAGCCUGCUGGUACAGCGCUACGAGCAGCUGCAGGACAUGGUGAGCAGCCUGGCAGCCUCCAGGCCCUCCAAGAAGGCCAAGCUGCAGGGUCAGGAUGAGGAGCUGCUGGGCCACGUGCAGAGCGCCAUCCUGCAGGUCCAGGGCGACUGCGAGAAACUCAACAUCACCACGAGCAACCUCAUCGAGGACCAUCGGCAGAAGCAGAAAGACAUUGAAGUCCUGUACCAGGGGAUAGAGAGGCUGGAGAAGGAGAAGGCCAACAGAGAUCAUUUGGAGAUGGAGAUUGAUGUGAAAGCCGACAAAAGCGCUCUUGCGUCGAAAGUCAGCCGGAUCCAGUUCGACGCCACCACAGAGCAGCUGAACCACAUGAUGAAGGAUCUGGUGGCCAAGAUGAGUGGGCAGGAGCAAGACUGGCAGAAACUUCUGGACAAGCUCCUGGCAGAGAUGGACAGCAAGCUGGACCGCCUGGAGCUGGACCCGUUGAAGCAGAUGCUGGAGGACCGCUGGAAAUCACUCCGGCAGCAGCUAAAAGAGCGUUCUCCACUGUACCAGGCAGACGAGGCAGCAGCCAUGCGGAGGCAGCUCUUGGCUCAUUUCCACUGCUUGUCGUGUGACCGUCCCUUGGAGACAACUGUGACUGGACAAGUCAUCUCCGUGACCCCCAUGAUUCCCGGCAUGCCAGGGCACCGUUCUAUCCGGCCUUACACUGUGUUUGAGCUGGAGCAGGUCCGACAGCAGAGCCGCAGCCUGAAGCUGGGCGGCAGCUUCUCUCGGGGUGACCUGUCCCAGAUGGAGAAGAGCGUGGGGCGCCUGCGCAGCAUGCACUCCAAGAUGCUGAUGGACAUCGAGAAGGUGCAGAUCCACUUUGGAGGCUCCGUGAAGGCCAGCAGCCAGAUGAUCCGAGAGCUGCUCCGCGCCCAGUGCCUCACCCACCCGUGCUACAAGCGGGGGCCAGAGACGGCUGACUACACCUAUUCAACUGUACCCCGUCGAUGUGGGGGCAGCCACACCCUCACCUACCCCUACCGGCGAAACCGCCUGCAGCACCUGUCCCCGCUGGAGGAGAUCCAGAUUGCCAUGAAGCAUGACGAGGUUGAUAUCUUGGGGCUCGAUGGACACAUCUACAAGGGACGGAUGGAUACGAGGUUGCCAGGCAUCCUAGGGAAAGAUGGAAUGCCAAAGCAUAAAGCUAAACCGCUGCAGCAGCUCCAGCAGCUCCAGCAUACCCGGCUCCAGAUGCACAGCCAGCCAGCCCUGGGCAACACCACUCAGCCUCAGAGCAUACACAUGUUGGCUGACGGCACUUCAGUUUCUACAGGGCAGAAGAAAGAGAGACCAGUCUCCUCUGAGAGCUAUCAUUCCCACACCUCCUUCAUCCCCACAGACAUGCCACACCUGCCGGGCAACCCACCUCGGAUUGAUGUGAGCAUGGAGGAGCCCCUCAGGGAGGGGCUGGAGGAGCCCACCCGGGGACCGAGAUCCCCCACUGCUCAAUGA